UAAAACCCAAGGCGACGGAGAGGAGCGGAGGGGGGCCUCGGUCGCCAGGGUUUUUAUUUAAUGGCCUCCGCUUCCUCCCCCAAUCCCCCACAGUCCUCCUCUUCUUCGUACCAUUAGUCUCCGCCUUCUCUUUUCCAACGAGGGAGGCGCUCGCUCUCCUCGAAACGGCUCCACGGAUAUAGAGAGAGAAAGAGAGGGUGGGAGGUCGUCACCGCUCAUCCUUUCUUGUACUCGAGCUCCUCUUCUCCUCUGUUUCCAUCUCUCUCAAUCCCAUUAGUAUUCUUUUCUCUCUUUCUUUCUUGGAUUCUAAUCUUCUCCUUUUCUUUCUCUCUUUCCAAGAAGUCAUUUUUAUUGGAAGAUAGUGCGCAAGUUCCAAAGAUUUCUUGUUUAUUGCGUGGAUAUACACUCUGAGAGAUUGCUUUCCAGAUAUUUACAUAAGACAGGGGAGAAGGAGAGAGGGAUGAAGUACGUAUUGGUCACAGGGGGUGUGGUUAGUGGGCUGGGGAAAGGGGUGACAGCCAGCAGCAUUGGAGUCGUCCUCAAGGCGUGCGGGCUGCGCGUAACCUCCAUUAAGAUCGAUCCAUAUCUGAACACAGAUGCUGGAACAAUGUCCCCAUUUGAGCAUGGGGAGGUGUUCGUUUUAGAUGAUGGAGGGGAGGUGGAUCUGGACCUUGGAAACUAUGAGCGGUUUUUGGAUGUUAAAUUAACUCGUGACAACAACAUAACGACUGGGAAAAUUUAUCAGUUUGUCAUCGACAAGGAGAGAAGGGGAGAUUAUCUUGGGAAAACAGUUCAGGUUGUGCCCCACAUUACUGACGCCAUACAAGAGUGGAUUGAACGUGUGGCUAUGAUACCCGUUGAUGGCCAAGAGGGGCCGGCUGAUGUUUGUGUCAUAGAAUUGGGUGGAACUAUAGGGGAUAUUGAGUCGAUGCCAUUUAUUGAAGCUUUGGGUCAAUUUUCUUACCAUGUAGGGCCUGGCAACUUUUGCCUAGUUCAUGUCAGUCUUGUGCCAGUUAUAAACGUAGUAGGUGAACAGAAAACUAAGCCCACUCAGCAUAGUGUUAGGGGGCUCAGAGGACUUGGAUUGACUCCAAAUAUUCUAGCUUGUCGUAGUGCGAAGCCACUUGUUGAAAACGUGAAGGAAAAAUUGUCAAAAGUUUGUCAUGUUCCGGCAGCGAAUAUAGUUACCCUCUAUGAUGUUGCAAACAUUUGGCGCAUUCCUUUGCUUUUAAGGGACCAGAAGGCACAUGAAGCUAUUUUAAGAAGAUUGGACCUUUUAGGUGUCGCUGGGGAGCCCAAGUUGGAUGAGUGGGUGUCCAGGGCUGAAAUCUGUGACACAUUGCAUGAACCUGUCAGAAUUGCUAUGGUUGGAAAAUAUACUGGUCUUCCUGAUUCUUAUCUUUCAGUAUUGAAGGCUCUUUUGCAUGCUUCUAUUGCUUGUUAUCGGAAACUUGUAGUUGAUUGGGUUCCUGCUAGCGACCUUGAAGAUACAACUGAGAAAGAGGCACCUAAUCUUUAUGAGAAGGCAUGGAGUCUUUUGAAGGGUGCAGAUGGCAUACUAGUUCCAGGUGGCUUUGGGGACAGGGGAGUGCAAGGGAAAAUUCUUGCAGCAAAAUAUGCCCGAGAAAAUAAUAUUCCGUUUCUUGGCAUAUGCCUUGGAAUGCAAAUUGCUGUUAUUGAGUUUGCACGUUCUGUUCUCAACAUGCAGGAUGCGAACAGCACAGAGUUUGACCCAGACACAACAAGUCCAUGUGUCAUUUUUAUGCCAGAGGGUUCAAAAACUCACAUGGGGGGAACAAUGCGACUUGGAUCAAGGACGACAUUUUUCCAUGUCACCGACUGCAAAUCUGCAAAAUUGUACGGCAAUGUGAAUUAUGUUGAUGAACGGCAUCGACAUAGAUAUGAGGUAAACCCUGAUAUGAUCAUGGAACUUGAAAGAGCUGGUCUUGAAUUUGUAGGUAAAGAUGAAACUGGAAGACGAAUGGAGAUUCUUGAGCUGCCUUUGCACCCAUAUUUUGUUGGAGUGCAAUUUCAUCCAGAGUUCAAGUCACGACCUGGAAAACCUUCAGCUCCAUUUUUAGGCCUUAUAGCAGCCUCAUGCGGGCAAUUGGAUGCCUUGCUGCAAGGUACCACCCAUUCUAGCCAGCUACCUACCAAAAAUACUCCAAGCAAUCCUGUUUCAAAGCUGAAUGCCUGCCAAGUUGGGAUUACCAAGAAGCCUGCAAAAAGCUUAUUAGAUGGAAGCUUCCACUCCAAUGGUAAUGGCAUGCAUGUCUAACAAAACACUUGGUGUGGUUUUAGGACCUGUUUUGUUGUUGGAGUUCGGGUUGCCAGUUUUAUCGUUUGAUUUGGCCUGUACAGUCAGUUGAGAAGGAAAACAUUUUUGUACCUCUAGGGUCUGUUGCAGCUGUGGAGCUUGUUCCAAGGUUUUAACGAGGAACGGCCUAUAUGUAUUUUUGGCUGGGUUGAAUAGUGUUGGACAGUAAUAGUGCAUAUUUUUCUUUCCCUGAUAUAUGAAAAUGACUUCGUUCUUGAACAGUACUUUUUUGAGCCGAGCAAAUGAAGGCUUGGUUUUGGCUUCAUUCGGCACUGAGAGUAUGGCA